CGGAAGCGGUUGAGUGCUACAAUGGCGGCUCUUCAGUCGAUGGUUUCUGGCUCCAGGUGGCUGGUUGCUCGUUUCUUGUGGGGCGACUGGGCUAAGGCUCCGUCCCGCGGUCUUCGGCAGGUCAUAGAAAUUACGGAGGGAAACACCACCACUAUUGAAGGCAAAAUUCUAGAAGAUGUGGAAGCUCCAAAUCCUUCUGGCCAGUGUCCAAUUUGUCGCUGGAACCUGAAGCACAAAUACACAUAUGAGGAUGUCUUACUGCUAAGUCAAUUCAUACGGAGUGACGGAGGUCUGCUACCCCGGAGGAUUACAGGCCUUUGUUUGAAAGAGCACAGGAAAAUUGCUGUGUGUGUGCAAAUGGCUCAACGAGCAGGUUUGCUGCCAGAUCAUAAGCCUGCACUUCCGGAAGGAGUUUUUCCUAGAAAGAAACUCAAUAGAUAUCUUACCCGGUAUUCUGUCACCUCCGUAAAACCCAUCUGGAAAAAAGGACCCAAGUGGUGCAAAGUUCCCAUGCCUAUAUCGCACCCCAUCCUCAAAGAUAACAUUUAUUAUGGAUCCAAGCCUCCUCGUUUCAACCACUAAGGUGAAGUGAAACUUGCUUUCACAGUGGAUCAUAACUGUUUGGACUGCUUUUCCUCAAGUCCGUUUCAGAUACUUUUGAUUGCAUUGUUUUCUGCAUAUGGACAGGUAGCUUCCCUAUUACAAAAAGAUCUGAAUAACCAACUUAUUUAUUUUUUAUUAAAUGCCAAUUAAAAUCUCAACUCCAGUGUUAUGUGAUGUCUUUACCUUUAUACUCUCCAGACAUUCAGAUGAAUAAAUAAUUUGUAUCUCACA